AUGGGGAACCGCUACAAUGCCACGCUGACAACUUUACUCUGUGCUUCCAGCUGCGAGGCUUCGCUUGCGCAAUUGCAUGAUUCAGUUUCAGCCAGUUGCGGUUCCUCGGCUGAGCUGAUUCCUGGCAUGUCUUUCUUGGCUCUGGUUGACCAGGUUUGGAGCAGCUGGAAUCAUUCUUGCUUUGCUGAUCCCACGACAGGCGAGAAUUGCAAUGAUGAGAUUGCAACCUUUGACAACGUCGAUUCGUUGUCCAAUAUCUCAACCUCGGACUUGUGCUCCUAUUGCUAUGUGAAAAAGCUAGAGCUGAUGCAGGCGGAUGCUUAUUCGGACGUCUACAACGAUGACUGGCAGACGACCUUUGAGUACGUGGCAGCCACUUGCAAUUUGACGGUGGCCGACUUCAACGCCACGGCCAGCGCCUUUAAUGCAUCCGUGCCCACGACAACCUCCACCUGUGUCUCGCAGAAUGUCUACACCACUAAAAACGGCGACACGUGUGACUCAAUUGCUCUGGCUGAAGGUAUCUCGGCGGCGACAAUGUACUACACCAAUCCGAAUAUCCUGAAUUGCUCGGAUAUCGCAGCUGGCACCACUCUCUGCCUUCCUCUGACCUGCACCGACGUCUAUUCCGUGCAGUCGAACGAUACAUGCUCGAGUGUUGCAGUCGCCAACUUCAUUACAACAGCGGAGGUCAUCAAUUGGAACUCGCAGUUGAACUGGAACUGCUCCAAUUUGCACUCGACCAACCCAUAUUGGGGCUCGGUGCUCUGCGUCUCUCCUCCCGGCGGAACAUACACCGGCCAGGCCUUAAAUACAACUUCUUCUGGCGAGGAGGAGCCAGUUGAUCCACCGGCAGGGGUUCAAGUAGCGUUGGGGACCACCCUUGACUGCGGUGCGUGGUUCGUCAACGAGGCCAGCCUGAACUACAACUGCUCGGACAUCUGUCUCGCCAACAGUAUUGCCAUUCACUUGUUUACCGAAGCUAACCCUUCGCUCAACUAUACUACCUGUGACUCGGAUCUUGUUACGGGUGACGCUUACUGUGUUGACCCUCUAUCUGGCUGGCAGUACAGCAACAUGACUGCGACCAACAGCUCCUCGACUACUGUAACAGCCGCCACCAGUCCGACUGCCCCGGUGCAGACCGGCAUUGCUGCCAACUGCAAUGCAUACUACGCCGCUAAAACGGGUGACAGCUGCGACUCCAUUGCCGCCGAAUUCGACAUCACAGUGGCUCAGUUCCUGGCCUGGAACCCUGCGAUCUCGUCGAAUUGCACGAGCGGUUUCUGGGCCGAUGAGGACUACUGCGUAGGGGUGGUGACAAACACCACGGCGACUGUGACUGCUUCUUCGACGACGCUUGCAUCUCCUUCGUCGUCGUCCUCCUCCUCUGUAUCUUCCACUUCUUCCGUCACACCACCAGCCCCUACACAAUCCGGCAUCCCAGCAAACUGUGAUGCGUACGCCGUCGCAGAGACGGGCGACAACUGUGCCACCAUCGCCGCCAAAUACAACAUCACCAGAGCUCAGUUCCUCGCCUGGAACCCAGCUAUCUCGUCCGACUGUACAACCGGCUUCUGGGCGGACGAAGCUUACUGCGUGGGCGUAUCUAGUUCCAGCACCACCACCGCCACCACCACCACCGCGCCAACAAUCUCAGCCGCAUCAACCUCCGCGGCAUCGGUGACCCCCCCUGCCCCAACGCAGAGUGGGAUUCCCUCAGACUGCGAUGAGUACUAUGUCGUGCAAUUGGUUCUACGUGAAGAUUCCGCCGAGAUUGGAUUAUCAUAG